UGGAGACCUCUAAGAACGUAGUUCUUCGGAUCUUACUUAGUGUCCGAUGAAGUUGUCUCGUUUGGACGUUCGUGCGUAAUUAAGAAAAAUGAAUGUUGUAGCGAAAUCAACGAGCCUCGCUCCACUUUUAAGGUCGACGACUGUCAUUUCAAAUGGAAUGCAACCAGUAUCUGGAAAGGGUAUCGUACAAAAAUCAAAAAUCGUCACUAAACCUGUCGUCAAUCGAAUGCUCGUUCAAAGUUUGUACGAAUCUCUUAUUACAGGAGCUCUACGUGUCAGUUCAGGAAUUGGAGCAAGUUUACUAGCAACACAGAGGAGGUUGGCGCAUACUGAUAUUCAAUGGCCAGAUUUCACUGAUUAUCGUCAUAAGGCUGUAAAAGAUCCAAAAGUUCCAAGCAAACAUAGCGCUGCUAGUCGCAAAUCAUUUACGUAUCUUGUAACAGCUACUACUGGGGUUUGUGCGGUUUAUAGCGCAAAAACAGUUGUGCAUAAUUUAGUAGCUUCUAUGAGCGCUGCAGGUGAUGUACUUGCUUUAGCAAAGAUUGAAGUUAAACUUGACAAUAUUCCUGAAGGAAAGAAUGCUGUUUUCAAAUGGCGUGGAAAGCCUCUGUUUGUACGACAUAGGUCACAGAAAGAGAUUGAUCGAGAGGCUCAGGUAGAUGUUGCAUCUCUUCGAGAUCCAGAAGUAGACACAGAUCGCACACGAGAUCCAAAGUGGUUGGUAGUUUUGGGUGUAUGUACGCAUUUAGGAUGUGUUCCAAUUGCAAAUGCUGGUGAUUUUGGUGGUUACUAUUGCCCUUGCCAUGGCUCUCAUUACGAUGCCAGUGGAAGGAUUAGGAAAGGUCCAGCUCCUCUAAAUUUGGAAAUACCACCUUAUGAGUUUGUUGAGGGAAAUGUAUUAGUUGUUGGUUAAUGCAUUAAUAUAUGUAGUGAAAUAAUAUCAUAAUUUAUAUCUGCUUUUCUCAGAUCCACAUGGUAAUUAUUUCGAAAUUCUUAACUGAGGAUAUUAUUAAUUUAAUUAGUAAUGUCUUCUAUGGUUAAGUAUCACUAUAUUGAAAUAUUAUAAAUUAUGGUCAAGCUGUACAAAUAAAAAAUUAAGCUUAACCAAAA